AUGGCUGUCGACAUGACAAGCCUCUACAGAUUUCAUCGUGUCCAGGAGAAAAGAUCGCAUCCUGUUCUGACCCUGGAAAACCUGACAGUUAAAGCUGCUAGCCAGGCAAUGGAUCGGCCAUUGAGACGAUCUACUACAGCCUUCCCGUUCCUACGACUGCCUGUCGAACUCCAAAUUCGGAUUCUGGAGUUUACCGAUCUCAUUGCGCCUCUGGGUGAAAUCGAGUGGAGCCCAAAAGAAGGCUACAGUAUCGACAACUAUUGCGCCACAUGCGACGAACUAGAGGGGCCUGGUGACUGUUUUGAGCAUUAUGCGUGCCAGUUUCUUGCCUGUCCUGACACUGGUGACCUUGAUUGCUUUUGCAACCUAUACCAUGCGACCUUUUCGACGAUCUACCGGUGCUGGGAACCAUCGACGUCGUUAUUCCUGGUCAGCCGGGCCAUACGGGAGGUUGCCCAGACGUUCGGGCCCCAAUCAACAUCAGACCGUCUCGAAGAGGCUGUUUUCUUGAAGGACACCGUGCCUCCCACUCAUCUGCCUUGUCUGCAUUUCUUAGGACUCGUCUUCCCGCGCUUAAGUACAAGUUUUCUUGCCUCUGGUAAACCUGUUUAUCAUGACUGGAUUACGACCAUUGAAUACGUCAACGGCAAACUGAAUUUCUCAAAACUCGUUCUGCGGGUAUGCUUCCGGGAAGAUCUGCCAGCUGAAUCCGACGAAAUACGCGAAAUACUAGCUAGUGAGGAGGGCCGGGUAAUCCAGGAAGCUUACCUCCUCAUUCUGGCUCCAUUUGGACGGCUUGGUCGGCCUCACCGGUUUUUCGUGGAUGUUGGAUGGCUUGAUGAGGAGUCCUAUAGCGAGGUCGUAGCCAACCUGGAGCGAAAGUUGGAGCAGUCUGCGAUGGAUGAAGAGGAUGAGUGGCUUGAUGAGGAUGACGAGGAUGACGAGGAUGACGAGGAUGGCUGGAUUGACGACGAUGAUGAGGACGAGGAUGAUUUUGGUGAAUUUAACACUACUGCAACUCAAACGGGAAAGAGGGCACAUCAGCAGAUUUCCUCUUUAGGCCUAGUACGAGCGUUGUUGUAG